UGUUUUCAUUUCAAAUCCGAAAUUCAAACGGACCGCGUGAGGGUAAAGCGUUCGUGGUCCGGACAACAUCCGUUCCAUAGUCCUAAGUGCGUGUGCGUAUGGAAAGAAUUUCGUGGUGAAUUUGGUACUCGCAGUUGUUGCAAAGCGCUUGCGACUGAAGGUGACUGUUUAAUGGUACAGUUUUGCUUGUGCAUAGAGAAUCGUGAAGCCGGUGGUGAACGAUUAAACAAACCCUACUGCAGGGAAUGUAAGACGCGACAAUAGGGCAGUGUGCACAUGUGCAUCGUGAGAAACAAGGCGCGCACAGUGGUCGUGUUAGGCUUUGCAGUGCAAUGAGCAAAUGAGCAUCGUGGGCUUGUCUUAGAUCGCGCUGCAGCUAUCGCCAUCGUUUGUGCAGUGCAGUUGUGCAGUGACAUUCGAGUGUUCUGAGUGUUUGUACGAUGGAAAGAAACCCACCAGCACCAUCAGUCAGAAAUAUUUUCCACGGUUGAGAACAUCGAGUGCGACCAUUUUCAAAAUACGAGAAGCCAGCUGCUUAAACAAACACUUUGUAGUUAGCAAGCUUUCAAUCGAUCAUCAUGAUAGUGUCGUGAUGGAAUCCGGAACCAUCGUCGUCAGUCAUUCGCCAGCAGCCAUUCCACGAGCAUUCCUGAAUGAACGUUCUUCUUCCAUGACUAUUCUUCCGACGCAAGGCAAAUUACAACAACAUCCACCGAGAAUGUCACAGCUGGAAACACUUGAAGCAAAGAUGGCCAACAUUGAAGUGUCGCUGUGCGCAGGGACGCCCAGGCGAAGAAAAGGAACAUCCCUUGGAGGAUCCUUGUCUGCCCGUUCUUCGCCACGACCCGAAACGGCACCAUCCCGUGAGCUCCGAACCGCUCUACAGGACCGGGAAGCAGUGAUACAGAGUUUACGACUACAGCUUGGCCUGGGGAAGCUGCCUCGACCAACAGGACCACCGCUGGACGACACGGAACGGCCAGUAGCCGAGCAACGGCUAGCGAAACUGAAAUCGGACGCCGAAACAAAGCGACAUGUGAUUAAGAAUCUAAAAUCCGCCCUCGAAAAGUUGGAUGUAACAGACAAUAUCGACGUACGAAUACGGCAGGCCGAGCUGGAGUAUGCUCUAGGGCGCGAGGAACUGCAGUUACUGUCGCUGGUCGAGGAAGCGCGAGCCCUGCAGGGACGGCUAGACAAACCAAAGCAAGAACCAAACACGCUGUACGGGCUGUUGCAAUCGGGCGCUAGCCUGAGUUUGCUUGCCGUCCGCGCGUCUACCGGACGCUGGAACGCAAGCACCAGAAAUGAGCAGCCCGGUUUUUGGGUCGACUGGGUGCUGGAGGGCGAAAGUCUGCAGCGUGGUGAUCGCAUAAUUGAAAUCAACGGCAAACCGAUCGGUGGCCGAAAUCGGGAAGAAAUGGUUCGUGCCAUCGGGUCCCACUCAAAGUCGGAAAUAGUGGUCGCACGUCCGAGAAAGCCAUCCGCAGCGGGUGUGAAUCAGCUGUCCCAUCAGUCGCUGCAGCAAUCGCAGGCCGACAAUAUUCGACUGCAGCACCGCAUCUCGUACCUCGAGGAUCAGGUGAGGGAGCUGCUCGCUACCAAAGACCAAAGUGGCGUGAUUCGCAGCGGUGUGGCAGUGAACGGCAGUGGUGGAGCGCACAUCACGUCCAUUAGCAUCACGUCACCUCCGUCGACGCCACCGGAGGGGAAAACACCACAACCGCCGCAUAUUUACAACUACAUCGACGAAAAAGGAUCUUCGCCGCGCAACGGCAGCCCGGGACACGUUACAACGACCACCAUCAUCAAGGAGUGCGAUCGUAUCAAUGGCGAGCUGACAAACGGUGCCUCGGAUGUGAUGAAAUAUAAUCUGCGAAAUUCGCUGUCCUCCUCGAAGAUCAGCAUCAAUGGGGGCGAUUCGCUGACCGCCCAGUACUACAACCGCAAGGAAAGGGAUAGGCGCGAGCGCGAGGCACGACGGCAGGAUCGCGAACGCUAUCUGCAGCAGUUCGGGGCAAAACUGCAGCGCAGCACGACUGAUCUGGAGAGCGAUUGUGAUCGAACUCGGUCGCUACAGCACAGUCACAGCCGUAGCCACGCGCGAAGCGUAGAGCAUUUGAACGGUGAGCGGAAACGGUUGGUGGCGGCGACCACCCACGAAACGGCCACUACCGGUCGCCGCGGUGACAAUCGCACCGUAAAAAGUCUGGACUUUGAGUCGGACACCAACGACCAGUACGCGUCGGAACCGUCGGGACCGAUUGGGAAACAUGGUGUCCGGCCAGCACCACCAAAGAAGCCGCUCCGCCUGUCGCUGCAGCGUGCCCAAAGUCUGCAGACGGUGGAUGGCUUGAUGCUGGAAGCGGCAAUAGCGGCUAGCAAUGGGCACGAUAGGAAGCGGGGCAUGAAACGAUCUCACAAGAGUGGCACCAAAGUGGUCGAUCCGAGCGCGACGAUGACUUCCCAAUACAUUGAGAACAGUGCUCCGAUGCAGACGGCUUCGCUGGGGCGUCAGAAGUAUAUGUAGAGUGCGUGUUGCGAAAAAUGACCGAGUGGAAUUGCAUGCCUUGACUAUGCGCAACCUUUUUUUUGGGUGAGAGUAUAUACAUAAAUCGCAAAUGGAAUAUGAAUAGCAAUACACUAUGUUGUAAGAUCUAAAUUGUGACAAUUGACUGCUAAUUCGUAUGAUGGAUUAGCGUUGUACGAUUUUGUCCGUUAAUAAAGAGAAAAGCGAAAAUAUGAAUAUUAA